GCCUGGUGCCAGUAAGAAGGAGGAAGAACCUGAAGACCAGCCUCUCCCCGUCAACCCGUCCCGGCUCGGUGUCGCGUGAAUCAGAACCCGGACGGAUGAUGGCUCGCGGCUGUGCUGACGGAGGGUGCGCUGCUUUUACGGAGCGGCACCGCGCGGAGAUAAACUUCGUGCUGCUGGUGCUCGGUUACGUGCUUUACCUGCUGGUCGGCGCCGGGAUUUUCUCCGCCAUCGAGCUGCCGUACGAGAAGGAGCUCCGCCGGGAGCUGAAAGCCGCUCGGAGGGACUUCCUGGACAACAACACCUGCGUGUCGGACGCGCGCCUGGAGGAGCUGCUCCUCCGGGCGCUGGUGGCUAAUAACUACGCAGUGUCGGUGCUCGGAAACGACUCGAACCCCAGCUGGGACUUUGUGUCGUCACUGUUCUUCUCCAGCACCGUUCUGACCACAACAGGUUAUGGCCACACUGUUCCUCUGUCAGAUGGAGGUAAAGCCUUCUGUAUCUUCUACUCUCUCAUCGGCAUCCCUGUUACACUCUUCUUCCUCUCCGCUGUGGUGCAAAGAUUAAUGGUCGUGUUGACGCAGCAGCCGCUCUCCUACCUCCAUCGGCAGUGGGCUAUGGUUAUAUCUAAAUCCAAGCUGGCUGCCAUCCAUGCCAUGUGCCUCACCAUCAUCAUGGCAAUACUCUUUCUCUUAAUCCCUGCUGGCAUCUUCGCCAGUCUAGAGAAGGACUGGAACUUUUUGGAGUCUCUGUAUUUCUGUUUCAUCUCUCUGACAACAAUCGGUCUUGGGGAUUACGUCCCGGGAGAGACCCUUGGAAAAGAUGGCAAGGCCUAUCUACAGUUCUACAGGCUGGCUAUUACAGUCUACCUGCUGCUGGGCCUGAUGUGCAUUCUGGUGGUGCUGGAGACGUGCUGCGAGCUUCCACAGAUGAUCCGCUUCAGACAGAAGUUCUACAAAGAAAGUGUUCGUGAGCUGGACUUGGAGACGGCCAACAUCAUAGACCAGGAUCACCUGAGCAGCCCUGCUGACCAAGGUCGAAAACCCCUCCCCGCCAUCCCAUCCGUGUCACAGCAGGCUGCCUCCCUCCGACAGGACAGAAAGCCUAUGGGUUACACCCUGGCACAGACUCUUAACGGGAAGCCACCUAGCUGAACUCACAGAGGGCGUGUCUGGUACAGUGACGUCUGCCCGUGCCAACAAAAACAGCUCCACAGCAUAAAUGCAGGAAUCAUCCACAGAUUAUCUGCACACUGUUGUUUUCUUGUUCUCCCCUAGUGCCUAUUCCCUUCAGAUAAAACACAGAGGAAGGGCAGGGGCCCUAACACCGGAAAAUGCCACCGUUCCCAAUUUCCUGCUAAAGCCUUGCUGCCAAAAUUCCAAACUAGAACGAUUCACUCCAGAGGAGUUCACUCCCACCAAAUUAGAAUCUAUAACUGUAUUAGGUAGGAAAACCCCUGAGUGGAAUUAUGCUCCUUUACUGUAUGUGUUGGAAGUGCAAGAAUACUUCACUGUGGUGCAAAUACUGAAGUGUCCUCUUCCCAUCACUAGAGGGCAGCACACUUAUUGGUUUUAAUUGCAUAGAAUUCAGCAGGGGUGGUGGCUAAGUGGUUAAUGUGCUUGGUUUCAGUUCAGAAGGUUCCGGGUUCAAAUCCCACCCCUGCCACAUUUCUCCAUGUAAUGUGGAGUUGCGUCAGGAAGGGCAUCCGGCGUAAAACUUGUGCCAAUUCAACAUGCAGAUCCACCUUGGAUUUGCUGUGGCGACCCCAAGUGCAAACAAGGGAGCAGCCGAAGGGACUUACUUACUGUUAGAGAUGAAACAAGCUGAGGAUAUUUUGAUAUGAAUGCAGUAUAAAUCAGAUGCAGAACAAAAGUGUUUUUAGGAGCCUUUUGCAAAAGUUCAGUUAGUCUUUCCAUUAUUGUUUCCAAAUAUUAACAGCAUGCACUUAAAAGUUACUGAGUUCAUAGCAGGAUAAAAUUAGUAUAUUAAAAUAAAUCUUACACAUUUUUCUAAGUUUUAGGGUUUGAUCACUCAAAUUUAUGGUUUGAGCAAUCUGAUUAUUGCAACACCAGUUUGCACAGUGUAGUCCGAUGUGAUGAGACGAGGACACCAAGAGGACUGAUGUCAACAAGAGUUGAGAUUUUGGGAGAAAAGUGACAGUUUAACUGUUGCAACAAAAAUGGGGUUUUAGUUUCCCUGUUUUCACCCAAAGAAUCUAUGAGUCACGAGGUGACUUAAAAAAAUUGUUGAAGGCAAAAAUAUUUCACAGACCAGCCAAGCCAUGGUGAAUAUGACUGCAUUUGCUAACACCAACCAUGAUGAACGUGAUCGUAUAUGCUAAUAUGCAGCAUCGUGAGCACGACCCUAUGUGCCAGCACCAACCAUGAUGAGUGUCACCGCAUAUGCUAGCAUGAACCAUGUUGAGCUGACCGUAUAUGCCAACACAAACCAUGUUGUGUGACUGCAUACGCUAGCAAAGACCAUGGCGAGUGUGACCGCACAUAACACCAACCGUAGUGUGCGUGACUCCAUAUGCUAACACAAACUAUGGUGAGCUUGACCGCAUAUGCUAGCCCCAACCAUGGUGAGCGUGACUCCAUAUGCUAACACAAACCAUUGUGAGCAUGACGGCAUAUGUUAACCCCAACUAUGGUGAACAUGACUCCAUAUGCUAACACGAACCACGGUAAGUGUGACCGCAUAUAAUAACACAAACUGUGGUGAGUGUGACAGCAUAUGCUAGCCCCAACCAUGGUGUGGGUGAUCAUAUACAAUAACACGAACCACGGUGAGCGUGAUCGCAUAUGAUAACACAAACUAUGGGGAACGUGAUCGCAUAUGAUAAGACGAACUAUGGGGAGCGUGACUCCACAUGGUAAUAAGAACCAUGGUGAGUGUGACCGCAUAUGCUAGUCCCAACCAUACACGUCUAUAGUGUGUCCACAUUUGCUAGCCCCAUCCAUGGUGAGUGUGACCACAUAUGCUAGCAAGCAGUGUUGCCACAGUUACUUCAAAAAAGUAAUCCAUUUACUCCUUGAAAAAGUAACUUAGUUACUUUUAAAAUUGGGUAAUCAGUAAAGUAACUAAGUUAGAUUACUAGUUACUUUAUUAGUUACGUUCAGCAGCUGCCGAGGGCAACCCCCCUGCCACCUCAAGAUGAAAAUGAGAACCCAUUUUUCCAAUACUCACUUUAUAGUCACCCCUUUCUUGACUUCAAUAAACAUAAAUACUUUAUUUUUAUAAAAAAUAAAAUGGACAUCUUUCCUCAUUUUGACUAUUGACAUUAUUGUAAUGGAAAACGUACAAUUUGUAACCUACAUUGUUUAUAAAUGUGACUAUAAAAUUCUAACAUUUUUCUAAAAUUUAAAUUCUUCCUCAACAUUUUAAUUGUUGAAAUUAGUAGUAGUAAUAUAGUAUAAAAAAAAAGUCUUCAAAAGUGGACCUUUAAUCUAGGUGUGUUGUGAGGGGGCAGUGCUUCCCCACACCCCCUUUCAGAAAACACAACCAGAUUAUUAUCAGCAUUUUUUACAUCAUGUUGUCCUCAGAAAGAGAGUUUAAGUGUAUUUGGGUGGGAAAAAAAAGUGUUAGUAUUUGUUAAUGCAUGCAGAUCAGCUGUUUUUAGCGAGGACACUCACAGAGCAGCACACAGUUUUAAAGA